AUAUGUAGAUGUUUGAAGACAUCAAACCAAAUGAAAGAUUAGCAGAAACGUCAAAUCUAUCAACAUCUAUAUGUCUAAAUGCAUUUAUUACAAUUUUUCUUCACGAAACUCAAAGUGUAAAUAAAAAAUUAUCCAUGGAGGAACAAGUUGUUACAGAAGACAAGGCUACUUUGCCCAUUAGAUACGAAUGGUAUCAAACUGAUGCAGCUGUUAUAAUAACUGUUUUAGUAAAAAACGUAAAAGAGGAUUAUUUACAAUUAACAAUUUCGACUAAUCAAGUUUCAAUAAAGAUAUCUCAUCCCGAUUUUGAUAUUUGCGAUCUGUGUUUAAACUUAUCUAAUCCUAUAAUAGUCGAACAAAGUAGUUAUAAAUUAACGCCAUAUAAGAUUGAAAUCAAAUUAAAAAAGAGCGAAGGAUUGAGAUGGGAAAAAUUAGAAGGAGCUCCAAAGAAUAAAGAAAUAAAAGUGAUCCCUAAGGAACCAGAACCAAUCACUAGUGGUCCACCAGCUUACCCAACUUCAAAGAAAGGCACAGACUGGAAUAGAGUUGUAAAAGAAAUAAUGGAAGAAGAAGCAAAAGAAAAACCAGAAGGAGAUGAUGCCGUCAAUAAAUUAUUUCAAGAAAUUUAUAGCAAUGGUGGGGAUGAAGUUAAACGUGCUAUGAACAAGAGUUUUAUGGAAAGUAAUGGUACAGUUCUGAGUACUAAUUGGAAUGAAAUCAGUAAACAGAAGGUAGAAGUUAAGCCCCCGGAUGGAAUGGAGUGGAAAAAAUAUUAAAAACAACUAUUUACAGAGAAAUAUUUUUUUUAGUUUAUAUUCAUUUUUGGAAUGUGAAAAUAAAAAUGAUACUUUAUUCAA